CGCUAGCUGCGGGACUCCAUGUCCCAGGCUGCUCGGCGGCACGGCGGCGGCGGGGAGCAGCCGCCAUCUUGGCAGUCCGGACUCCCGCCGGAUUGAAUGAGCCCGCGGAGCCCGCCCGCGCCGCAGCCUCCACUUCAGUGAGGGAGUCCGAGGCAGGCCGCCGGCCCCCGCCCCGCUAUGGCCACGCCGCUGUCCGGCCGCAGUGCGGCCUCGGGCCUCGGAACCGGGACGCCGCUGUCGCCCGCGCGUAUCUCGCGGCUGCAGGAGAAAGAGGAGCUGCGCGAGCUCAAUGACCGCCUGGCGCAUUACAUCGACCGCGUGCGCGCGCUGGAGCUCGAGAACGACCGGCUGCUGCUGCAGGUGUCCGAGAAGGAGGAGGUCACCACGCGAGAGGUAAGCGGAAUCAAGGUCCUCUAUGAGUCAGAGUUGGCUGAUGCCCGGAGAGUCCUGGAUGAGACUGCGAGGGAAAGAGCCAAGCUUCAGAUUGAAAUAGGAAAAUUAAGAGCAGAACUUGAUGAGGUCAAUAAAAACUGUAAGAAGAAGGAUGGAGAUCUGACUGUUGCCCAGGGCCGUGUGAAGGACCUUGAGUCCCUGUUUCACCGGAGUGAAGCUGAACUUUCUGCUGCCCUGAGUGACAAACGGAAUCUGGAAAGUGAUGUUGCUGAGCUCAGGGCCCAGCUCGCUAAGGCAGAAGAUGGUCAUGCUGUGGCAAAAAAGCAAUUGGAAAAGGAGACACUGAUGCGGGUGGACUUGGAGAAUCGCUACCAGAGCUUGCAGGAAGAGCUAGACUUCCGGAAGAACAUAUUUGAAGAGGAGGUACGAGAGACUCGCAAGAGCCACGAGCGCCGUUUGGUAGAGGUUGAUAGCAGCCGUCAGCAGGAAUACGAAUUCAAGAUGGCGCAGGCCUUGGAGGACCUUCGUAAUCAGCAUGAUGAGCAAGUGAGGCUCUAUAAGUUGGAGCUGGAACAGACCUACCAGGCCAAGCUGGAGAAUGCCAAACUGUGCUCUGACCAAAACGACAAAGCAGCCAGCGCAGCUCGGGAGGAGCUGAAGGAAGCCCGCAUGCGAGUGGAGUCUCUCAGUUACCAGCUCUCCAGCCUCCAGAAACAGGCCAGUGCAGCAGAAGAUCGAAUCCGUGAGCUGGAAGAGAUUUUGGGUGGCGAGCGGGAGAAAUUCCGCAAGAUGCUGGAUGCCAAGGAGCGGGAGAUGACAGAGAUGAGGGACCAGAUGCAGCAGCAGCUGACUGAGUAUCAGGAACUGCUGGAUGUCAAGCUUGCCUUGGACAUGGAAAUCAAUGCAUAUCGGAAACUCCUGGAAGGAGAGGAGGAGAGGCUGAAACUGUCCCCUAGCCCAUCAUCCCGAGUCACAGUGUCCAGAGCUACCUCCAGCAGCAGCAGCAGCAGCACUUCUGCCAUCCGCUCUUCUCGAAGCAAGAGGAAGCGCGUGGAGUUGGAGGAGCAUUCAGGCAGUGGCACCAGCGGCAUCGGUACUGGCAGCAGCGCCAGCAGUGCCAGCACUAGCAGCUUCCAGCUGUCGCAGCAAGCCUCUGCCACGGGCAGCAUCAGCAUAGAGGAGAUUGAUUUGGAGGGGAAAUUCGUACAGCUCAAGAACAGCUCUGAUAAAGAUCAGUCUCUGGGGAAUUGGAGGCUAAAGAGACAGAUUGGAGAAGGUGAAGAAAUUGCCUAUAAAUUUACUCCCAAGUAUGUUCUUCGGGCUGGGCAGACUGUCACGAUCUGGGCAGCAGAUGCUGGUGUGACUCAUAGCCCACCAUCUGUUCUUGUGUGGAAGAACCAGAGCAGCUGGGGCACUGGUGGAAAUUUUCGAACAUACCUGGUCAACGCAGAUGGAGAGGAAGUGGCAGUGAGAACAGUGACUCAGUCACUAGUUGUGCAAGAGAAUGGGGAGGAGGAAGAGGAGGAGGAAGAAGCAGACUUUGGGGAAGAAGACCUUUUCCACCAACAGGGAGACCCCCGGACGACCUCCAGAGGCUGUUCAGUGAUGUGAGUGCCCACCACUCACUUUCCUUACCCAGCUCCUGCCUUUCCUCAGAGCCGCUGAAAACUAUUUUUGUAUCAUUGGAUUUCUUUAUUCCUUGUUACAUUUCUAGAGAUUUUUUAACCAAACUGCCAGAAUUUUUGAAUGGAUUUCUCUUCCUUCCUCCUUCCUGGGUUGGGCGUCCCCUUCCCUGAACUUUAGGGGUCCCUGCAACACUACUAUCCAACUACUGCAUUUCCCCCCAUUUUAGCAUUGAGUGAAUUAGAAAUUUGCAGACUGGUAAAUCUUAUCAAACUGAAACUAGGCUUUUUUUUUGCAGGGGUGGGGGGAGGUGGGGGUGGAGGGUAUAGAUUAAUAAACUUGAGUUACUGCCCUGGAAGUUGUUCGUACCUGAUGGUGGGUGAAUUCCUUGGCAAGGAAUCAUGAAAUGAGAAAUUAUCUCCACCCCUACACACAUACCCCAGGCCCCUCCAGGAGUGGCCACCAGCUGUGAAGAGGGCACAAGAUAUUUUUUAGUGUUUUUUAUCAAAUCUAAAGUUGAGAUUGCCACGUUGCCUUGGUGGCUGGGGGCCUGCAGAUGCAAGCUUUUUGCAACAUGACCCAUCAUGUACAAAAUUAGCUGAAUAGAAUAUUGAAGCAAA